GGUUGUGGAAAGUGUGAAGGUGGGUGCCAUGCUUGCAGCAUGAUGGCGAAGAGCUCCGCUUCUACCCACAAAGAAACAUUAUAGAAGCAACGCCUGCUGAGAAAUGUGCAUGCCUUUGAGUUGCCAUAUGUGAGACUAUGGAGCCCGCAGAAUGGAAACAGCAGAAUAAUGAUCAGGAAAAGGCUCUUGUACCUCCUCUCUGAUGGUAGCAAUGAGAAGAGGGCACGUCCUGGACGAUGAGGGACCUUAAUGAUGGAUGCCACCUUCUCGAGGCACUGCUCUUGAAGAUGUCCUUGAUGGUUGGGAGGUGAUUAUGCUUUGCAACGUCAUUCAUUUGGCACCGGGCCCAGGAAAUGGUCGAGCAACAGACAGAGCUAAAGCACUAAUUUGAACAGAUGAAACAGGACCAAAUCACAAACCACCAGGGGGUCAACCUUUAUGUCAAAAAUCUGGAUAAGAAUAUUGAUGAUGUGCGACUGCGCAAAGAAUUUUCACCGUUCGGUACAAUUACAAGUGCUAAGGUGAUGAUGGAGCAUGGGCAUAGUAAAGGCUUUGGAUUUGUCUGUUUCUCUUCACCAGAGGAAGCUACCAAGGCUAUAACAGAGAUGAAUGGCCGGAUUGUUAGCACUAAAGCUUUGUAUGUUGCUCUGGCUCAACGCAAAGAAGAACGACGAGCUCAUCUGGCAAAGCAAUACAUGCAGAGAAUGGCUCAGAACCGUGCUGCAAAUUACCCAACAGACAGCUUGCACAGCUUCGACCCAGCGCUCGAUGGGCUGCCCAAAGUGUCAGACCACAACGGGGUCAAUCUUUAUGUCAAAAAUCUGGAUGAUGGUAUUGAUGAUGAGCGACUGCGCAAAGAAUUUUCACCGUUCGGUACAAUUACAAGUGCUAAGGUGAUGAUGGAGCAUGGGCGCAGUAAAGGCUUUGGAUUUGUCUGUUUCUCUUCACCAGAGGAAGCUACCAAGGCUGUAACAGAGAUGAAUGGCCGGAUUGUUAGCACUAAAGCUUUGUAUGUUGCUCUGGCUCAACGCAAAGAAGAACGACGAGCUCAUCUGGCAAACCAAUACAUGCAGAGAAUGGGGGUCAACCUUUAUGUCAAAAAUCUGGAUAAGUGUUUUGAUAAUGAGCGACUGCGCAAAGAAUUUUCACCAUUCGGUACAAUUACAAGUGCUAAGGUGAUGAUGGAGCAUGGGCGCAGUAAAGGCUUUGGAUUUGUCUGUUUCUCUUCACCAGAGGAAGCUACCAUGGCUAUAACAGAGAUGAAUGGCCGGAUUGUUGGCCCCAAGCCUUUGUAUGUUGCUCUGGCUCAGCGCAAAGAAGAACGACAAGCUCGUCUGACAAACCAAUACAUACAGAGAAUGGCGAAUGUCAGAGCUGUUUCAAAUCCUGUCAUCAAUCUUGUUAUCAAUCCUUACCAACCAGCUCCACCGUCUGGGUACUUGUUAGCACCAUUCCCUCAGGCUCAGAACCGUGCUGCAUAUUACCCAACAGGUCAGCUUGCACAGCUUCGACCCAACGCUCGAUGGGCUGCCCAGAGUGUCAGGCCACAACCAUUCCAGAGUAUGCCUGGCAGCAUACGUCCAACAGGUCCCCGACCACCAACCAUCAGUUCCAUGAGACCAACUUCUCAGGUGCCAUGUGCCAUGAACACUCAGCGUGUUGCUAACACAGCAAUACAGACAAUGGGACCUCGUGCUGGUGCUACAGCUCCUGGUGUUCGCUCGUUUACACAAUACAAAUAUGCUGCAGGAGUCUGCAAUCCUCAACAACAUCUAAAUACCCAGCCUCCGGUUGCUAUGCAACAGCCUGCAGUUCACGUACAAGACCAGGAACCCCUGACUGAUUCCAUGCUAGCUGCUGCCCCUCCCCAGGAACAGAAGCAGAAGCAGAUGCUGGGAGAGGACGACAAUGAAGCUUGCAUUACUGAAAAAAAAAUCUAAACAUUGGAUAAAGUUUAAAAGAAAACUCUAAAACAUAUCAAAACAGAAAAUGUUUACGAAAAAAAUCAUAAAGGAAACCUCUAAGCUUAUGAAAUGAAGUCACUACCAGGUCUGGCGUAAGUGCUGCUAGUCCUAGACUUUUAUGCGGAAAAUUACAAAAAAAAAUGUAAAUUGUGAAGUUUUCUAGUCUGGGGUAGAUGUUUUAUGCACAAAAACGUUUGAUACAUUAAAACAUUUGAUGCAUUCAUUUCUUUAAAGUUUUGUAACCCAUUAGUGUGGAUAUGUUCAGCAGAUCCACACUAUGUUUAGUUGACCAUGUUUUUGAUGGUUAAGCAUUAAAAACUGAAACUGAAUAUUUGGAUUAUAGCAUGCUUGCCUUAAUAAAGAUGCUGAAUAAUGA